GCACAAUAGGUAGGUACAGUGCGCGACUAUCGACUUGUGGACGUCUCUUCACUAUGCUUUGCAGCUGUUUUUCCACUAUCACUAAUCUAUAAUCCUCAUAUAUCAGUUGUACAAAACUAUUGUAAAUAUGGAUAUUAGAAGAAGGACAACUUAUUUGUCUCGAGGUGCUGAUGGCCGUCCGUCGCACAACUACAGUUCGUUUUUUCAAUCUGCACAGAAAAAAUAUUGCAAUGCAGAUCCUGAAAGUGGUAUUCGUCUCGUUGGACCAAUGUUUGAACUAACUGCUUGUGUAGAGCUUAAAGGAGAUGAGGAAGAUUUUGAAACGAUGUAUCCGGAUACAUCACUUUCAUUUGGCCCAACUAUUUGUUCAUUUGGCCUGAAGUAUAACGAUCAUAAUUACGCCCUUCCUUCAGGAUUAACUCCUCCCUCAAUGGCACCCCAUUUAAUGGAUCUUCAAGUGCCGAAAAAUAAAUUUUCAGAUACAAAGCUGAACAAUCUCUGUUCGAAAAAUUUAUUUGCCCAAAAGUCAGGCUGUAAAUUAGGGGCUGAAGAUAAUGGGCAAAAACAUAAUGCUGAUAAGCGUUUCGAUAGGCAAAGUUCACUUACUUUUAAACGCUCCACACUCGAAGGGAAUGGUAUGUACAGCAGUGAUGGUAAAAAGCACUCUAGUGGACUAUGGUAUUCUAAAUCCAUAGAUCUCGAUGACAAAUCGUUGGCGGAUAGUGAUUCGAAGGAUCAGUAUAUACCUUCACGAUUUGGCUCACAAAUUUCCAAUUAUGAACAAAUGGAGUUACGGUGUGAACCUGAGUUGAAGGUCAUUGAAGUGCCCGAAGAACUUGCAGUUUCACCUUCUCAGUUAAGUGAUUUGGAUAGUGACACAUCAGAAGUGGAUUAUAUUGCAAAGAUCGUUAUUCCUUCUUCCGAUGGCUCAUAUAUUCAGCCGGCUGUUGAUAACGCUUGGGUCGGUAAUAAUGUAUGGGCUGAUGUCCGCUGUGUAUGUGGUCACUCUCAACCUAAAUCCGGACUUAUACGAUGUCCCAAAUGCAGUACUUGUCAACAUGUACAGUGUAUGGAGUCAUAUUACAAUGUUACUAUGCCUCGAUUGAGUGAUGGAUAUACCUGCAAUGUAUGUGGAAAUGAAAAUACUGAAUUUCAAGGUACAUCUAAUCAAUCAUCGGACACAACAACAAAUGCCAAUGCAAGCAAGGAUUGUAUUGCUCUAAAUGAUGAUACUACGAAUUUUAUUGAUGCUGCUAAUAAUUCGUCAAUAAAAUUGACUCAAUCUUCUGAUGGGAACAUUGGAGCUCAGUAUGUAGAAGUUGCUGCUGAUAGAGCGAAAAGAUUGGGUCUUUUGUCGAAUAACUGCAAACUGGAUGCUGAUGGUUCUACGUUUUCUGGGUCUUGGUCUAGUCACUCUGUUGUAAAAGAACAUGAUACUACUGGACGUUCUGGUUGGUCAUCUGUGAAUUGGGAAAAAUUGAACGAAAUUUCUCGUUCUGGUCGCAGGCAUCAUGGUGAUACAGAUGUCAAUUUGAGAAUGCCAUCUCCUCCAAGAGCAUCCAAGCGGAAGCAAGACCUAACUUCUACAUCGUAUAAUGACACAGAAGUUGCCGCAGCCGAUUCGUCCUCUGAACAAAAUUCCAACACUACCGUUAUUUUACCAAAUAGUGGUGAUGAGUCAUCUUCUGUAGAUGUAACACCUUCGAGCACACCAUCAAAUACUCCAAUGAAACCAGGGACUUUACCACUCACUCCCGUCACUCCCACAAGUACACCUGGUGGCACGCUUACACCUGGUUCUGGAUACAGUAGUUCUUCAGGUGUAGAAGGCAGUCCACGUCGUCACAGACUAGGUAUUGAUCGUUCAACUAAUAAAGUCAGAAGAGUUCUGUUUUCCGAUGGCUCCAAUUCAACGAAGCGUCGUUUUGACGCUCGAACUAAUCCUCUUGGUGCAGCUUGGGCUAAGGACUAUCAGGAAGCUGAAAAUAAUGUUUAUACGAAAGCUCUGCUCGAACGUAUACAGAGUAGAAUAUCUGCUAGCGUCGAGCGAAAUCAUAAAAUCCCCCCGGCAUGCUUAACUCGGAGUUCGCUUUGUCGAGUUGUCCUUUUUGAUCAUAAUGAUAAGGGCUUAGAAGCAUCAAUCAGAUUAGCACCGAAUGAAGUUGUGACUGAAGUUCGAGGUCAUUUCUUACUGAUGGAAGAAUAUGAACACUAUGUAGAUCCUGUUUCCGACUAUAAUCGUUACGUUAUGUUUUAUCGUGGGUUCGGCGAUCGGACGGUUGUCAUUGACUCUAGUCAAUAUGGAAAUAGUGCACGAUUUGUUCGACGUUCAUGUAUUCCAAACUGUAGACUCGAACAUUACGUUGUUCAAAAUAAACUUAAAAUUGUAAUUCGUACGUCUGUUGAAGUAAUGCCCGGGACUGAGUUAACCAUACCUUUUGACUUGGACUACCGGGCGUGUCGUUAUCCUUUGGACUGUGCUUGUGCAAGAUCUCGUUGUCCUGUUCUAAAGUGGCGACGAAAAUUGCUUCGAAAUAAAGUGGUGCCUAACUUGGAUUAUAGUAAAUAUAUUGAAUCACAGCUUAGAGUACUUUCCAAACCUUUAUCUCAAGAAAGUCCAACAAAUAGAUCUUUUGAUUCCAGUAGUUUAACAGCAUCUCCAUUAGUAAAAACAUCUGCCACUUCAAACAGUGCUAUGAAUCAACCUAUCGGUUUAUCACCUAAUGUUAAUUACAAUUUGUACAAUAUAAAAUCAUCACCUGGUACUUUUCGUAGAGAGGUUGAGCUACCCAUCCAUGACUGUGAUUCUUUGGUUGCUGAAAAAACAAAUCAGAGUGAUUUAGAUUUAAAUAAUACUGAACAUUUAGACAGUUCUGUUUCCUUGAACUGUGCAUCGUCUUCUACGAUUAUAAAUCAAAGGGAAAGUAGUGAACAGGUUAAUUCAGAUCUUAUCGAUUCCGAGAAUAAGAAUGUUACCGAAUCUGAUUUCGUAACUGACGAAAAUCAAAUUCCUGAAACUUCUCAACCUGUAGAUUUAUCAGCUGAAAGCAAUUCAAGAACAUCUUCAACGAAGAUUAAAGAUUCUUCAUUUCGAAAAAAUCAAAAUACGAGUGAAGAAAAACUGCCUUUUGAACCUAUCAUUACUACAAGAAGACAGGCUGCAGCUCUGAAAAAUAUCUUAAGAUAGUGGAUGUUCGAAGUUUUCACCGCUAGCAAGGUAAUUUACUUUUCUAACUUGAAAACAUUUCCACUUUUUUUAAAACAUACUACUGUUCUGGUAGAGCUAUUGGGUCAUGAUAAUAAUGAUGUAAAACUUUUUUCAGUUAGCCAGAUAACUUUUUGUUUUGUUAAUAUUUUGAUUUCUUUUCUUUGUAUAUUGUCAUUCAACAAUUUUUAUGUCUUUUUUUCUUUGUCCAUAGUUAGUUUAGUGUAAACUAACUUGUGUUUUCUUUCUGUUUGCGUAAUUGGAUUAUUUCCUUCCCUGUUCCCCGCUUUCAAAUAACGAUGAUGAUAAUGAUGUUAUAGUGUAAUUUUCCCCUCCACUUUGUACAUGCUUUAUUACCUUUUACAUUGUUGAUUUCGUCAUGUUUUGUAAAUGACGCGUCUGUAUUCUAUUACUUGGUUCUGUGUAUACUCUGUCAUUAUUAUUUGCCAGUAAAGUAGUGAGAGAAAUUCGCAUAAAAUGUAGCAUAUCAAAAGGGAAUAUUUCCGAAGUAAUCUAGAGCUCUGAUUAUUGCGAUUGUAUUAUUUUCUUUUACUCAACAAAGAUAUAUAAUGUUGAAAAUGUCUUCUCCAUAUAUUUGCGUGUUUUUGUAUUACGUGUUUUUAGUGCUGAGUGCUUUCAUGCAUAGUUAGAUGAGAUUUGAUCUAAUUCACUAGAUGGGACAUCAUUACAACCAAAUUGCCAAAAUCUAUCGUCUGUUAUAUUGUGGUAAGUUGCACAUUAAUAACAGAUGACUUAAAGUAGCGGUUAAAUAUUCAUAAUUAAUCAAAUUUUUUUAGAAUUCUGUUUCAGCCGGUAGAAAAGCACAAACUUAUUUGUCCUUCUUCCUCGAUUAAUGAGUAAAAUAUGACAUUAUUUUGGCACAUCUUCAACCAAAUAAUCAUCGAUAUUCAUUAAUUGUAAAAAUGUUUCAUAACUUGAUUGUACAAAAAUGCAAUUCAAUCGAUAAGUAAUCAAUUUGGUAAGACUAUAAUUUAUGGACGAUCUUCCAGCGAGGCUAAAAUGACCUUGAAAAUGUUCACUUACUAGUGCUAAAUGAGUGCUUUGAAGCUGUUUGAAGAAUAAGGAUUAUGAUUUAAAAUUGAUUAUGGGCGUUAGGAAUUAGAUUUAUGGUUUUCAUCAAGAGCUGACAUCAGCUAAAAUGCCAAUGCAUUAUUUAAACAUAUGUAAAUAAAUUUCGCGCCAAAAUCCAAGACAUGUUAUCCUAAAGCUGAUUGAUUCGUCCAUAAAUUAUAGUCUCGCCAUCAAUUUCUCUUGUAAAUCACCUUUUAACGAAUAAUCCAACUAGUUUAUAUGUGAUUAAACUGCAACUGUACAAAUUUUUCUCACGUACUGUUCUUAACUCCGGAUCACCACACAAUAUCUACUUUUUUGGAAUAUCUCAAUAUUAUUCUUAAGAGAGAAAUCAGUGAUACUGAUGAUUUGUGUGCGAAUCCCCUCUCUUCAUGUUUCACUGCACUCUACUUGAUGGCAUUUUUAACACUUUUUGCAUAGAUUAAACAUAUUGUUUUGUUUAUUGGAUCAUAUUCUACACUGUUAUGGUUGAUAUCUUCGAUCAAUAUUAGAAAUAAAUCUUCAGUUUUUAAGAACUGUGUUUACACAUCUUACCAUUCAGUCCGAAAAUUAACAAAUGGCGUACAGUCGUAAUUUUUCAGUCUAACGUUUCAUUUUAUCGGUUGAUUAUUAAGGAAAUACAAAAUAGUGUGGUUACUUACGCGUUCUGCUAGUGGUUAGUAGAUUGGGUUUAUUAAAAAUCUCUUUGCAUCAAUUGUAGGAGGCUAGGUCGAGAUGUCGUGGAUGCAGUGCAAGAUCACAUAAAUGUUGUUUCGCCUUCACUGUGGCACUGAUUUUCUGAAUUUACACAGCUCUAGGUGGGUUAUAACACGUUCAUAAUAACAUUUGUGGCGGUUGCUAUUCAAUACAAUCCUUAAACUUCGUAUACAGUUCGUCCUGAUAAUCGUCACUAAAUAACGCUUCAACGGUGUAUUAAUGAGAAGGCGAAUACGAAGUGUUCGUGACGUUUAAUAUUGCACCACGCACAGACAACCAAAAUUACAGAUGUGCUAAACAAACAUGAAAGUGUAGUGCCGAAGAGCAAGCGGGCAAGAGAGUGAGCAUGCGGAUCGAAUGGGCGAGUAAAUGAACAGAAUAAAUAUGUGCGUAGGCAGUAAGCAAUGCUCAAGCACGCAUAUUCAUACACGUGCAACAAUAAUAAAUAUGCAAUGGUAUGGAUAAGUUGUUAUUGUACGAAUGACCAUCUGCUAAACAAGUUAACAAAUGGGCUUAACCAAAUUAAACGUGAAUAAACUCAGUCGCACGUGGGUUGCUAUUCUUUAAAAGCUUAUGUAUGUCUGCGUUCGAUGAUUUUGGUGAAAUGGAAUGUGUUCGGCAUUUUUGUUCUUAUGUAUUCAUAUGCGUCUACUAUACAACUCAUUAUUUUUAGGACCGAAAGUAGACUGGGAAAAAUUGAUAUUCAUAUGAUUUUAAUCACAGCACAAACUAAGUAAACAGAGGCAAUCAGCAGUUGAGUAUUAUCGUUCAAUUCAGAUACUUUUAAUUUGAUUUUAGUGGUUAACAGAUUUAAACCUGAGAACAAAUCGAAUUUAUUCCUGCUUUCCUAAAACCAUCAGGAGGUACGUAUGUAUGGAUAAUCAUUUGUGCUACCAUUUGAUGUAUGUUUAAUAUGAGUGAUAAUAGUACAGUGUACAACUAACUCAAAACACCGAAUAUUUAGGUUGUUGUCUAUUAAAUAUCCCUGAUAAUUCUCAGGGAUUUCAUCAAAACCUCAUGUGGAUUCACUCGCGAAAGUUUUAUACAAUUCGUUCUAAUGAGGACAUAUAAUUGUAGAAAAAUAAUACCGAUCAGUGUAAUUCUUUAAUUCUGCAUUUAUUGGCACUCAUCAAAUGGUGACAUAAUAUAACAUUACAGUAACCGUCUUAUAUUUUUACUACCUACUUGUAGUAACUUAGACGAUUGAUCCACUGUGUAUAAACAUAAUGUAAGUCUGAUUUAAUGUAUUUCUGCAUUUCAACCUUUAGCCUCUCAAUGGUUGUAAACUCAAACAGUCAAUAACUUUACCCGUGUAUCGAUUAACACUUGGAACACAUAAGUGCUUGCACUUUUUACUCAUUCACUUUCCGGUGUGCUCUCCUUUCCCACACUUGUGGGUUUUACUAGUUAUCCCAACUAUUAGUUUUAUGUUUUCUCAAUAUUCGAGUAAAGCUGUAGUGAUAUCAGGAGAAUUAGCCUACUAAAAUACACAGUUAACGGUCAUCAUAUUUUGAAGCCGUACAAAGGAAUUAUCUAACACAACAUAAUCGAAAAUGAUAUAUAUGAGUGGUUGGAAUGGUGAAGAUUAUCAAUGAAAGUUUAUAUUUUCAAGCCUAUUUACAAAUAGAUCUAGAUAAGUAGGGCGGCCUGCUUGAGCAUUUGGGCUACCUGUUCCUGCCAUCUAGAUAUUUCAACAAGUUAUCUAUUUUUGUUUGUUUUAAUGUAUCGUUAUGUCUAUUAAUCGCAUAACCUAUUCUGCUGCGUUUCUGAAAAGUGCACAACCUUUCGUUGUCAAAGUUACAAAAAACUCAAUAAGAGACAAUGUGGUUGCUGGCAAUAUACAGCGAAAAGAAUGCACAUUAUUCAGAUGUUCAUUUACUGGACUGUUAACAUCUAACUGGCGAUCACUCAAUAUUUAUCGCCAGGACCGACCAAGAAGAAACGGAAACUUGCUGAAAUACUUUACGCUGAAAAUUCUAUAUUGUACCAAAAAAUGUAAUAUUGAAUAAAGCUAAUAAUAAUAAGUAUCAAAGCCUCAGACUGGUUCUUUUGAACUGAUGGCAUGUGUUCUAGAAUAACUGAGCUUCCCCUCGUUUUGUUGUAAUUUGAUGAAUACCAUUUUGAAGGCAGAGUUACGUUACGAUCCUGCAAUCUUAUAUUAUCCCCAAUCAUCUUUAAUCUCCUGUUAGCUGUUUUACCUUCGUUUGUGUACUUAACAUGAUCACUGUUGAA